AUGAAGGGCCAGAAAGUGCGAAAACAAUCUGGAUCAAAUCAAAUGAAUCCAAGAGAUUGCAACGAAGUGGUGGACAAAAAGCGAGAGAUGGCUCGUUUGAGAGUAAUUGAUACCUUCAUGGAAUCGGCGCCUCAACUCAUACUUCAACUUUAUAUUGUGUCUAAGACUAGCCAACAGUUUUUUGACUUCACUGGGGUUUUCGGGAUAUUAAUGUUGGUAGCAUUUUUGACCCUAUCGUUGUCAUUAUUCACGUACGACCGCGCGCUUCGGGAUCUCAUUAGAUUAGCAACAAGUGAUAUACAGCAACGCUAUGACGCAUUCAUACUACAGGGAUUUAUCGUAAAAUUUAUCUGGCGCCUUUUUACUAUAGCGGCCCGUGUUUUAGCGCUCGCCCUAUUCGCCAGCGUUUUGCCAAUUCACCUGGUUGGCUUUCUCAUUGGGCAUUAUAUAAUAAUGUUUGCCUGGGUCGAUUACGCCACAAAAGAUGUGAAGUACCCUACUACAUUAUACACUAUAAAUGGUGUACCUUGCCCAGCUGUUCCACCGCUGGCCAUUGGUACUAUUACCUUCAUAUGUAUCCAAGUGUUCGUUUUGAUGGCACAUUCAAUUGGUUCCCAAAACGUCCAAAAGUCCAAUAAUGUGCGCACGGAUUAACUCAGUCCAAGUGGACGUGUGUGCGCACAUCUAUGACAAAAUCGGGUUUUAAUUGUAUUAUUUUAAUUCGUUAGUUAUAAUGACAAAUAUGCUCAAUACAUUAUAUCAGGG